UUACCAUACAGUAUUUACUUAUUAUUUAAUACAUACAAAAAAAACUGCACUACUAUACUGAGUAGUAACAUAGUUUCCUACCACUAAUAAAAUAUAAGGGGAGAAAAUCACAAUUGACAAGUCAUUUAACAUUGAUAUAUCUUCAAAAUCAUGUUUCCAAACAAUAUUUCGAGAAAUAAAAAUGCAUCCGUUUUUUUUCAAAUGAAUACGUGCAUCAUUGCAAAAUUUUAUACCACUUGUAUCCAACCAUUGCCGAAUUAUUAAAACAAAAAAUUGCUUGAUUGUCUCGUGGAUACUUGAGUAGAAAAGUUGGACGACCUCGCGCAUUCCCGCACAUGCCGCCAACUUCCGGACCUCAACUCGACGUCGUCGUCGUGCUGACGUAUUGUUUUGAAAUCGCCGUGGCCGCCACUGCGCAUGCGCCUAACCUGACAGCUACUACACGCCGCACAUGCACAAGCAGAAGCGCCACAAGACUGAAAAGUGCGGCGGGUCGGAGGUGCGACAUGUCGGACGGGGGCUGCUGGCCGACGACGACGACGACAACAACAACGCGGCGCGCCCCCGACGACGACGAUGAUGAUGAUGUCGGCUUAGCUCGGCGACGACCGCCCCUGGUUUAAACCUGCGGCCCGUCCACGAGAUGGCCGAGGAGGACCCCGAGCAGCAGCAGCAGCAGCAGCAGCAGCAGCAGCGGCUGCUCUCCGGGCUCCAGGGCGCCGACGUCGGGGCUCUGCAGCUCAGGAUCAAGAACUCCAUCUGCAAAACGGUUCAAUCGAAAGUGGACGGCAUUCUGCAAGAUGUUGAAAAGUUCACAGACAUUGAAAAGCUCUACCUCUACCUUAAGUUGCCUUCUGGUCCCGUCAGCAGCGCCAGCACUGAGAAAAGUGAUCAGAGUGCUGUGUCAUCAAGCCGCACGCAGCAGAUGCACGCCUUCAACUGGAUCCGUAAUCACUUAGAGGAAUACCCGGAGACCUCACUCCCCAAACAGGAGGUCUACGAUGAAUACAAGAGUUUCUGCGACAAUCUCAACUACCAUCCGCUGAGUGCGGCAGACUUCGGAAAAAUGAUGAAAAACGUCUUUCCCAACAUGAAGGCGCGCCGACUUGGCAUGAGAGGAAAAUCCAAAUAUUGCUAUAGUGGACUGAGGAAGAGGCCCUUUGUCCACUUUCCGUGUUUACCAAGUCUGGAGCUACACAAAACUGGAGAAGGACUCCAGUGUGACGGAAUGGACUCAGCGGGCCACCUCGGCAGCAUGAAGGAGGAGGUUCGCUUCGCGGCUUGUGAUCUGGUGUGCGAGUGGGCUCAAAAGGUGCUGAAACGGCCGUUUGAGGCCGUGGAAGAGUUGGCCCGCUUCCUGAUCGACAGCCACUACAUAAGCAACAAGUCGCUGGCAGCUCUCACCAUUAUGACAGGCGCGGCAACGACAACAGAUGUCAAGCCUGUGCAGACGGUCUCGGCUUUUGUGCCCACCGCUGACGCACACUGCUUCCAGCCUCACACGGCAACUCUGUCGUCUCCAACUGUUGAUGCCAAGCAGCAGCUCCAGAGGAAGAUCCAAAGGAAGCAACAAGAACAAAAGUUGCACUCACCCACACCCGGAGAGGGUUUGAUACAGACUGUAAAUGACGGCGGUGGGCAAUGUGGUAGUCCAACCUCUUCGUCGCCUCAGCCAACCAUUGGCAUUGUGGUCACUGCAGUCCCAAGACCUGUCACGACACAGCAAAGCCACCAGCUGAUGUCUCCCAGUCCAGCAGGAAGUGGGGAGGGCAAAGUGCUGCCAAUAAACUUCCAAGUGGUGACCCAGCCAGUUCAGCCAGUGAAACAACUGUCAAAGACUUCCCAAAAUAUUCUAUCAAGUCAAGUAGGAGAACGCGCACCUCGGCAGCGUUAUCCUCAAAUCCUUCCCAAACCAGCGACCACCACGGCAAUCGCUUUGUGCUCGCCCUCCACGAUGAUUAUUGCCAACAACCCCAUCAAGACAGUGAUGACCACGUGUCACGUGAGUCCUGUCAGUUUGGUCAAGAUGACAGCCAUAUCCCUCGCGCCCCACAGCGACAACGCCACGACUACCUUUACAAAUACGACAAUGAGGCCAGCAUCUGCAGGCAUCAGCAGCUGUACUCUGUCAGAGGAUAUCCUGAGAUCCCGUCAAAAUACGAGGAGUACCUCCGCUCUCCCCAUUCUGGCCCGGAUGACGAGGCCUGAGCUUGUCGACACCCAUGACAUUGAUGUUGAAUUGGAAGUUGAAGAUAUCCACAAGAACGGACAAAACCAAAAUGUGAGCAGUUUAAUGAUGCAUCAUGGAGCUCUAGCGCAGAGGGCUGCUAGUGUGCCCAUACCUCAAACUAAAGGCUUCCAAUCCCUGGAGGAAACUUCCAGCAAGGAAUAUGAUGGAAAUCUCCGCUUGAGCAACAGCACCACAGCGGCUACUGAAUUUGGCAUUAAUAUUAAAAACAACCCAACUAAUACAAGCACUCUGAAUUUAACGCCUUCCUAUCAGAAUAUGAAAGCUGUCUCUACGUGCAACACCAACAUAGUAUCUUCAUUUGGAGAAUGUAUUUAUGCGACGAGGAGCUUCCGGAAGCGCUCAGGCCUCAGUCCGAGCCCGGUCCUCUCUCCUGUCAAAAGGGCUUUUCUGUCUCCACACCCAGAAGAGGGCACUCCUGCUCUUGGAUAUGGGAGUCGAAGACCUGAGAGUGCACCAGUCACCCGGGAGAUUGAGAUGAAAAUGAACACUCUUCUGCCCAGUCAAGUCCAUACACUUUCCAACGACUCUUUCAGAGGUAGCGGUUUCUUCGCUGUUGGCAAAACACAGACCUCGAUGCACAGGAAAAACACUUCCAAUGUUAUGGAAACCUCUGUCGGUCAGCCAUCAAUCCAUCAACCGGAGGAGCCCAUGAUAUCUGACGGGCAUUGCAUGCCUAAUAAUUCCAAUUCAUCAGUAGGUCUACAUCAUGUUCAACAACAGACCUACGCUCAAGCCAACCCUGUUUCUGGACCCCUGGAUUUUUUGGAUCAAGCAUCCACGUCAAGUGAACUCCCUGUGCAGACAGACAUAGAAUACUUCUCGUUUGAUGACGAUGUUACACAAGACAGCAUCGUGGAAGAGCUGGUCCAGAUGGAAGAGCAGAUGAAACGUAAUGAACAACAGUUUGGAAAUAAUAUCAUGCUACAAGGGCAGCAGGCUGCGAUGCCACAUAACGUGAUGCCCACCAACCAGACAAUGAACACUUUCUGCCAUGCUAACAGCAGUGGCGUGAACAAUCUAGUUCAAACACCGACACCCACUCCAACAUCAGAAUUUACUGGACUUCAAGGUUUGGCCAGAGAGAGCCCCUGCUCACGUGUCACCCCCAUAACACCAGUCGACGGCACCCUCGGAAGCUCUCGACACACGCCAGUCGGUACUCCACUCUCCAACUGCAGCAGCACUGUGACCCCCAGCCCUGUGGAGUGCAGGAAUCCCUUCGCAUUUACCCCCAUCAACUCUAGCAUUACAAGUUUCCACGACGGCAGCGCGGUCUCCAGCAGCCCCGUCAAACCCAUGCAGAGGCCAACAGCCACCCACCCGGAUAAGACCAGGCUGGACUGGAUGAAUAAUAGCUGCAACAGCAACACUGGGAGCUUGAAUAAGUCUAACAGUGCCAUUGGAAUCUUGCCCAGCUAUCAGGGCCUCGUAGAUGACCAGUUUCAAAAGCCUCACGCCUUCGCCAUCCCUCACGCAAGGCACCACGAUGGUCGUUUUGGCCGGUUGACUCCCGUUUCCCCUGUGCAGCAGCAGGUAGCGAGCAUGGCUAGCACGACCAGGCAAGAGGGGUUCGCCGUUCCUGCUCCUCUUGAUAACAAGACCUCCAACCUUCUCACUACGAGUGGAUCUUUUCGGUGUCGCAGUGUUAGCCCCGCCGUGCACCCGAGGAACCUGGUCGGGAAUUCGGUAACCAGUGGCCUUCACAAUGUCCACCAGCAGCGUGUUUCCCCAUUUAACACUCAGGUAACGCCUGAAGUGUUCAACAUUUUAGCAAACAACCAGGGAAAUCUUGGGGUGAGCAGCGUGGCUCAAAGAAGUCGCUCUGUGCCCCUCAACAUCAUGAUGCAGACGGAGGUUCUACCGAUGCCUGGUCAACAGUGCAGCGGUAACAAUAUCACUGAUGUCCUUCUGAGCAAGCUGGAUGCAGACCAUGACAGUGUGCGGGGAAUGGGGAUUAAUAAUUUGCCCUCCGGCUAUACGGCGCGCAUGAAUCUCACUCAGAUCAUCCAGCCUGAGAAUGUCAGCCCGAUCCCUUCGGACUCCUCCGGCACACGUGUGUCACUAAGGUCGAAUUGCCUCAAUAAUGAACAAAUGUUUUUCUCUGGGAGUGGCGGGCGAGCACAGCCGGACUCUGGGGGACAGCAUCUGCAGCAGGCUCACCCCACACAGCAAACUUUGAGUUCACAGAGACAGCAUUUGGGUUUCUGUGACACGUUUAAAGAUGCCCCACCGGACGGCAGCCUUCAUGCCGGCAAUCAGCUGGUGCAAGAGGUAUCGGAGCUAGCGGCAGGAGGGGCAGAUUUUCCAAGCGAACUCAGAAUGACUUCGGACUUGUCCAGUAGCAUUAAUGACCUGAAUACACUGGAUGCAAACCUUCUGUUUGACCCCAGUCGUCAGCAAGGGCAAUAUCCAGGUGCUGCACCGGAGGAAUUGGACAAUCAGCCUCUGUUUCAGCAAAUCACCAGCAGCGCGACACAUUCUGGUGGACUCGAGUGGCUUGAGAGCAAAGAUCACACAACUGUCGGUUUGAUGGGGUGAGAGCGGAGCCUCUUAACAUCAUGGUGACCAUGUUGACUCUGUAGUUUCCGUUGUCGGUUUGAUUUUUGCGACUUUUUAUUCAAACACUGGACACCGGUGAGGUUUGUCCGGUCGAAGUGCCGAGCAAAAGUGAAAUGACGCUGCAGCCCUCUGAUCCAAAUGCUGGCCAUUUCUUUAUAUCAGAUAACAUCGCCUUGCUGUACCAGCAUUUCCGACACAUUAACAGAAGUUAGUGAGAAAAUGAUCUUUUCCCCCUUUUUAAUGUAUUUCUAUCUAUUUUGUAUCUCCCCACAAAUCUGCAGUUCAGGAAUGUUGUCUUCGAUGUAGAUUAUUAAAACAUUUAUAAAUUUGUAGAAUAUAUUCUACAUUGACGAUCAGCAUUAAUUAGUGAAGUUCGAAAAAGUGAUGGUUGUCACUGAUGACGUUUUUAAACAUUUUAAAAGUGAUGCAACCUGAAGUCAUGCCACGUGGGUAAGAUGAAAUUGGAGCACUAUGCAAAAUAUUUCGCAAAUGUAAAAAAUAAUAAUCACUGUUAUAUGUGCGUUGAAAGUUUCACAUGGUGUAUACUUUUUAUAGCAGGGGUGGGGAACCGUUUUCCUACCAGGAGCUAUUUCGAUCUUCAGAAGGCAUACUAACGUUAUGAAAAAAAAUAUCAUGCAACGAUCAAAUACAUUUUUAUUCUCAUGUCUUACGAUAACAUGCAUGUUCAUUUUCAGUCGAGUUCCUUUGAGGUGAUACUUUUGGUUUGAAUUUUAUAGAGCUCGCGCACCUACGUCAACGAAGUCACGUGACAGGCCAUAUUGACGGUCUAGCAAAGCAUUGCUCAAAGCUAAGUCGGUCGGAGAUGGCACGAAAAUACGUCUUAUAGCACGACGCCCAGAGUUUUGUCCAAUAUCGUUAAACAUUUAGAAGGUGAAAAUAAACGAAGAUAUGUGGAAAAUUGAGAGAUAGGGGAUCCAUAUUUAAUGCCGAAGUCGAUGUUUUCGCCGAUAGAGUAGAAAAGUCUGGACCCAUACAAAUACUUCGUUGCUGGAUCUGUUCUCAAUCAAGAAUAAAUCCCACAUAGUGAUGGAGCCACUCAGAUUUUUUCAAUACAAAUACCAAUAUUUCAAUAAAUGACCCCUGGUUUUACACAAACUCGCAUUAAUUAACUAUGAUUAAAAAAAAAAAAAAAAGAGCGAAUCGGGUCCUCCGUACACAGAAGUGUGUUGCGGCCACACGUUCAACUUCGGUAAACCUUUCUGUGACAGACAUUUUUUUUUUUUUAAAUAUGCAUUGUUUUCAAAUGAGUCUAAUGUGUAUUUAAAAAAAGAAAGUAAACCACUGGGAUAGGCUUCAGCCUUUGUACACGGAAGCGUGUUGCAGCCACAUGUUAACCUACGUAAACCUCUGUGUGACAGAUGGUUUAUUUUCUUUUUUUAAAUACGCAUUGGACUUAUUUGAGAACAAUCCAUACUAAAAAAGAAAACAAAAAACAUCUUGUCGAGGAGAGGUUUACCGAAGUUUAACGUGUGGCUGCAACACGCUUCCGUGUACGUCGGAAAUGACUCUGUUUUUUUUUUAAUGCAUUGUUCUCAAAUGAGCCAACUUGGCAUUAUAAAUCGUUCUUGGGAAUUUGAGAUUGAGAAGAAUAAUUCCUACCUGAAAUGAAGUGAUUGCUACACAGUCGUGUGUACUUAGUUGGGCACCAUUCAUCACGUUUAAUUGCCGAAAUCCAUCGACCUUUUCUCGUCUUUACAGCUGGUAUUUCAUAUAAUGAUCUCUUUGAAUAUCUGUCUCAUCUGUUUUGACAACCAACAGCACGACUCUCGGGCAUUGUGAAUAGUCUGCUCCGGUUCAAUGUCCCCCACACUGUCAAGCAGCUCCUUUUGACCGCCAAUAUGGCGCUGUGAAAAAAGUGACGUCACGUGCACGAGCUUUAUAGCAGGGCCAGAUGAAAUGUUCAUCUAUGGUCCCUGAACAGGUUCCCCACCGCUGAUUUGUACAAUCUUAUAUGUCAAGGUGGAUCACAGAUGGAGUAAAUGUAGGUUAUUUAAUAACCAGAAACAUAACUGGAUGCAAUCCAGCCCUCCAUAUGUAAAUGUAAAAAAAUAAAAGUCCCAUAUGGUACGUUGCCUGUUUAUCAUCAGAUAGCCAUAAAGUCACUCUUUAACCCCAAAGAAAUCGGCGGGCCAAAGACAAGCUAAAUUUGAGCCAUAAAGCACUUUUAAAUGGAAUCAUAGCUAACUAGAAGUUUCCGGAGAUAUUGUAACUUGUUGUGUGCAAACUAAAGAAUGCCAAAAUAUGCAAUUAGAUGAUAGCUGGAUGAAUACAAUUGAGGCAAUUGCUGUGAUCAUCCUGCACAGACCAUCUGAACGUUAUUAAUUCUUCCACCAAAAAAAAUGCACUGUGCUUUUUCUCUACCAGUCCUGGAUCAAAACAGUCCGAAGCCUUAUGUCCAUACCAAAGAUCCAUUUUAAAAUGCACUAACAUCUUGUGUCACGAGAGACUCCUAUAUUGAAUGGUGGACAUAUUGACGAGUUUUGAAGGGCUGUAACAUAAUGUAUGAAGAAAACUUCACAAAUGUACGUAUGAUUUCAUUUUAUUUAUUGUACAGUUAGUGAAUGUGUUGAUAUGUUGUUUUAAAGGAUCCAUCAACAUGCAUAAUAUUAGCAUGGGUAUGGUUGAACUGUUUAUAAUUUUCCUGUAUGUCGGGAUAACUUGGAUGGUAUAAUGCAGCAAUGCAUAAAAUGAAUACCAUUUUUUUUUUCCAAGUAUAGAAGUCCAGUUUUUUAAACUUGUUUAAUUGUAGUUUUGAAUCUGAUUAGCACUGGUAGUAUUUUCAUAUAUACUUGUAUGUUAAAUGUCUGCUCUUUUUCCUGUUAAUUUUUGUGUCUAAGAAUAUUUUAAUUUGGUUUGCACUGAUAUUUAUGUUCUUAAGACUUUACUACUCCUGUUUGAAUUCGUUCAGAGCUACAGAACUGCCCCCCGCUGUAGUCGCUAUGUUCCUGUCAGCUGAUAAGGAAUAUAUUUUAUGUGCUUUAUGAAGGGGAAAUGCUUGGCUUUUGAAGUCUUUUUAAAAAAAAUAUUUUAAUAAACCAUUUUCAUUACACCAGAAUGCUCCCAUGAGUGAAUGUCUGCGUGUCGUAAAGAUGUGGUAGGUGCGUUCCCGUAGUAGUAUGUCAAAGAAUCGCUGAAAUAGAAGAACUGGAACUUGGUGGAAGAAGCACUGGUAUGGACAAAAGUAUCAAAUACACAUCUCGCCAAAACAUUUUAGACAAUUGUGUACUGUACUACGGAUUCUUAACUCUGUUUUGUGAAUGGGAAAAUCGCUUUUCCAGUUAACAGUUCAAAAAGCAAGGUACCAGGUGUGUAGGUGCAGGUUUCUCGUUGCACAAUAGUUUGCCGAACAAACCUUUAGUAAUUGUCGAAGGCAUUUUCCACUGCUGGUUGUAGGUGUAACCGUUGACAUGAAUAAUGGAUGCAUUUCCUUUAGUUUAUCGGAGACUGGAUAAAAUAAGUAUUUGAACACCCUGUUAUAUUGCAAUUUCUCCCACUUAGAAAUCAUGGAGGGGUCUGAAAUGUUCAUCGUAGGUGCAUGUCCACUGUGAGGGAGAUCAUCGAAAAAGAAAAAUCCAGAAAUUACAAUGUAUGAUUUUUAAAUGAUUUAUUUGUGUGAUACAGCUGCAAAUAUGUAUUUGAACACCUGUAUUUCAGCUAGAAUUCUGACCCCCAAAGACCAGUUAGUCCGCCUUGAAAAGUCCACCUCCAGUCCAUGUAUUAUCCUGAAUCAGAUGCACCUGUGUGAGGUCCUAAGCUGCAUAAAGACACGUGUCCACGCCAUACAAUCAGUAAGACUCAAACUUGUAACAUGGCCAAGACCAAAGAGCUGUCCAAAGACACCAGAGGCAAAAUUGUACAACUCCACACAGCUGCAGGCUAUGGAGAAAUUGCCAAGCUGCUUGGUGAAAAAGGUCCACUGUUGAAGCAAUCAAUAGAAAAUGGAAGAAGCUUAACAUGACAGUCAAUCUCAAUCGGAGCGACCCGACCUCCUGGGGUCUCAAUGAUCCUUAGAAAGGUUAGGAAUCAGCCCCGGACUAAAUGACAGGACUUGGUCAAUGACCUGAAAAGAGCUGGGACCACCGUUUCCAAUGUGAAUGUUGGUAAUACACCAAGACAUCAUGGUUUGAAAUCAUGCAUGGGACGGAAGGUUCCCCUGCUCAAACCAUCACAUGUCAAGGCCCGUCUUAAGUUUGCCAAUGACCAUUUGAAUGAUACAGAGGAGUCAUGGGAGAGUUUUGUGGUCAGAUGAGACCAAAAUGGAACUUUUUGGUCAUAAUUCGACUAACCAUGUUUGGAAGGAGACAAAUGAUGAGUUCCAUCCCAAGAACACCAUCCCUACUGUGAAGGAUCGGAGUGGUAGCUGUAUUAAGGAGAGGAUGACCGCAGCCAUGUAUUGUGAGAUUUUGGGAAACAACCUCUUUCCCUGUCAUAGCAUUGAAGAUAGGUCGUGGCUGGGUUCAGCAUGACAAUGACCCGAAGAACAGAGCGAGGAAAACCAAGGAGUAGCUCCGUAGGAAGCAUAGCAAGGUUCUGGCGUGGCCUAGCCAGUCUCCAGACCUAAACCCAAUAGAAAAUCUUUGGAGGGAGUUGAAACUCCGUGUUUCUCAGCGACAGGCCAGAAACCUGUCUGAUCUAGAGAAGAUCUGUGUGGGGGAGUGGGCCAAAAUUCCUCUUGCAGUGUGUGCAAACCUGGUGAACAACUACAGGAAAUGUUUGACCUCUGUAAUUGCAAACAAAGGCUACUGUACCAAAUAUUAACAUUAGUUUUCUCAGGAGUUCAAAUACUUAUUUGCAGCUGUAUCACACAAAUAAAUUGUUAAAAAAAAAUCAUACGUUGUGAUUUCUGGAUUUUUCGUUUUAGAUUACCUCUCUCACAGUAGACAUGCACCUACGAUGAAAAUUUCAGACCCCUCCAUGAUUUCUAAGUGGGAGGACUUGCAGUAUAGCACGCUGUUCAAAUACUUAUUUUCUUCACUGUAACUCCUCCCCAACAGUGCUAAAAUUAAAAAAACGUUGUUUUGCAAAGGCAGAAAUUGUGAAAGGGUUGCAGUUCAACUUCAGGCAUAAUUUUAACAGUGAAAAUGAAAGUCUAAACGAGUCUAAUUCAAGUCUUAACUUACAGAACAAUAGAUAUUGUUAAUGCUGCUUAUGUAUGUAUUUUAGUAGCUAAUUCUACCAUUACAAAACUUGAGGCAGUUGUGUAAGAUGGACUCUCAUGUUUGUAUCCUGUUUUAUAAAUAAUGAUGUACAAGGAAGUUCAGGAAAAUGACAUAAUUUUGUAGAUGAAUAAUAUACCCAAUUAAAUAAGUUGUCACUAUGAAAAAAAGCUAUGUAAAGAUUACUAAGUAGAGAGAACAGUGGCUUUCCUUCCACAAUCAAGAGCAGUUCCAAUUUGGCGCUUUUAUCAAAAAUACUUCAAGGAUCACAAAUUAUAGCAACUUACACACCCCAUUUUUUUGUCUUUUGUAAAACCUGUCUCAUUUAAAUGAGGCAGCGUUCACUCCGCCCCACCUGCUACUGGGAGAACGGCUUUUGUUAGAUUGAGGGGGUGGCUACUCAUUAGGUUCGGAGUCAAAAAAAAAGAAAAAAAAUUGGUUGUUUUCAAAUCUAUUAUCUGACUUGUUUCAAAUUUUGAUAAAUACUAUUUAAUUUUGUUUGCUGUGAUGUUGUUACUUCACUUACGGGUUUUUCGAAUGGUACAAACAGUCCAACACGAUACAAAAUGAGUAUGUGGAGAUGUGUGGUGUUGCAUCGUUUUGGAUUUGAAAUAUGUACAGUCUUUGAGUAGAUGAUAAAGGUUAUGUGGUGAAUCUCGGCUCGUGGCAUUGAUUCUGAGGUGAAGAAAUGCCAACAUGAAUGUCUGACAAAUUUAGGCAUGUCUCACAUGAACAGAAUAUGCAUUUGCAUGGUGUAAACAGGAAAUGUGUAGUGGUAGGUAUAAGAAAGUAUUUGUCGCACUUGCGAGAUAGGAUGAAGGACUUCAAGUUUAAAGUGCCACUGUCGUGAAAUGGAUAAUUUUUAGUGUUAUUAAUGAAAAAAACGGCAGCCGGUAUGAAUCCAUCUGUUUUUUUCACCACAAAACAUGAUUUUGACGUCUAUGGCUUUUUCUAACUCCCGCCAUGAAAUCCUCACGAGGGAUUUGUUUUGGAGAAGAAGCAGGAAGUGACGUAGAGGGCAAUAGCACACUCAAGCGGACUCGUUUGUUUCUGUUAGUUUUACCUCCGGGAAGGUAGCUCUUUGUUCUUUGUUAGCCAAAAUGCCGGCUCGUUGCAUUGCUGGAACACUUGGUAGGAUGGAUUUACUCUUCAUAAGUUUCCAAGAGACCCAGUUAGUCAUGAAAAAUGGAUUGCACGCAUGCAAAGGACGAUGGCUUCGUGGGUUCCAAAUGACAUGUAGGUGUGUAUACAGAAAAAAAACAACAA